AUGAUUGUACAAAAACAAACUUCGCGUUCAGGAGGAUUCAAGAUGCCAGCCAAAUAGCAAGAGACAAGAAAUCUUAGUAAAAGCAUAUCAAUAAUGACCCUUCCAACCAAAGAUGAGUUGUUUAGUUAGUUGAGAAUUAAGCCUGAUGAUGACUUGGUUAAAGUCAAUAAUCAUAGAGGGAAUCAUGUCAGAAUUUCUAAGCAAUUGAUUUAAGAAAAAGAAAGAGACUAUUGCAAAUAUCCAAAUAGUAAGAAUAAUUGA